GCAGCACCCGGCCCGCCGCGCCGCGCCGCGCCCUCCCCGCCCCCAACUCGCUCCCCCGCGGAAAGUUCGGCUCGGGCGGCGGCGGCCCGGGGACCCGGCAAGCGAAGGGGCCGGGGGGCGUGCUGACGGGACCGGGCGGCGGCGGCGGCGGCGGCGGCGCGGCGCGGCGGGGGCAACUUCUGCCGCCGGCGCCGCGAGCCGCAGCCCCCGGGCGCGCUCGAGGUGGUUCUGCCCUCGCCCUCGCCUCCCCCUGCGGAUCCAGGGCACGGACCUUGGUCCUGGCGCUCCCGCUGCCGGGUGACAAGAGCCGCCGCCGCCGCCGCCUCAGCCGCCGCCUCAGCCGCCGCCUCAGCCGCCUCACCGCCCCCCGGCCGCAGCCCCUGCCUCCCGCCGCCCGCCUCCCGCCUCCCGCCAGCACCAUGGAGUUCUCCGAGAGGAAGAGGAGCAGGAAAUCGCAGAGCUUCAAACUGGUGAGCCGAGAUUAUCACCAUGAGGUAUAUAAGAUCUCAGAAUUCAGCAACGAUGUUAAUGGGGAGGCCAAAGAGACACAACCCAUUUAUUUAGGAGAUGAAAGCAUGGAAAUUAAAAAACAAAUCACAGGAAUGAGAAGAUUACUGAAUGACAGCACUGGCAGGAUCUACCAGCGUGUGGGCAAAGAGGGAGAAAAAUUAAAAGAAGAACCCCAGGAUUUGGAUUCAGUCUGGCCCCCGCGUAUGAACUCCUCUUCCGAGGCACCACAGAGCCUCCAACCAUCUUCACGUGGUGCGUGGAAUGAGUUACCACCGCCCAGUGGGCAGUUCUCAGGGCAGUAUGGCACCCGCUCUAGAACCUUCCAGAGUCAGCCCCACACUGCUGGCAGCUUCAACGGAGACCUUCCCGCGGUGAAUUCGUCAGUUGGAUCAAACUGUUGUACUUGCAACUGCCAGUCAACGUUGCAGGCCAUCCUCCAAGAACUCAGGACCAUGCGGAAAUUAAUGCAAAUUCAAGCAGUUGGAACCCAAAACAGACAACAACCCCCGAUUUCCCUUAUAUGCUCCCAGCGAACUGCUGUCUCACGCAAGAGAAAUAAAAAGAAAAAAGUGCCCUCAAAGACCAUUGAACCUCUAACUGUGAAGCAAAAGUCUGGCGCAUUCGAAACUGAGAAGACGACAGCAGGGGCCUCCGAGCAGCCUGGCCCCCCAACGGCCGAGCACCCCUCUUCUGGGGAGAGCCGUGUGCUGGGAUUCGGCAUCGUCCUAGAGUCGCCUGCCUCAGAUCCAGAAGUGCAACUUGCUGAAGGCUUUGAUGUGUUCAUGCCUAAAUCACAGCUGGACUCUAUAUUGUCAAACUACACUCGCUCAGGAAGCCUUCUGUUUAGAAAGCUGGUGUGUGCAUUUUUUGAUGACAAGACUUUGGCUAACUCCUUACCCAAUGGGAAGAGGAAAAGAGGACUCAAUGACAACCGGAAAGGACUAGACCAAAAUAUUGUGGGUGCAAUAAAAGUCUUCACAGAAAAAUACUGUACUGCUAACCAUGUGGAUAAACUUCCUGGCCCAAGAGACUGGGUACAGAUUCUACAGGAUCAGAUCAAACUGGCCAGAAGAAGGUUAAAAAGAGGCUCAGCAGAGGUAGCUGACGGUGAUGAAAGACUGGACAGCAUUUCUCUACCACCAACAGGUAAAAAAGCCUGAGGCCCAGAAACACUAAAUGACUUUCUCAAGGUCUCACAGCUGGUUGGUGGCCCAGCCAGAGCCCCGGCCUCUCAACUUCCAGCCUUUAUACCGCAUAGCUUUCUCACAUCUAAGCCAAAGCCAGCUUUCCUCUGCAUGUUUCUUAAAAGACCCUAAGAGUCGAUGGAUGUACUAAUCCCUUUAGGAUUCCAUUCCACCGUGUGUCUUCACAAUUAGAAUGCCUGUUGUAAGUCUGCGUGAAGUCCUCUGCAGUUGAAACUCACUCAUUGGGAGUCCUCUCUCAAACCUUGCCCAAGGCCGCAAGGUCCUGCCAGAGACAGUAGUGGUAGGCCACCCUGCAGGUGUCUUCACUAGACUACCCACACUAAAGAGCACGACAGAUAAUACUGUUGAUCCUGUAGCAAAGGGGUAAAGAAGUUGGCAGAUUGGUGCUUAAAUUUCACAGUGUUGAAAUGAGAUUGUCUUGGUUAGACUACUAGCAAGUCUCAAUUGCCUCUAAAGUAAAAUCUGGGGUCGGGGCGGCAUCUGUGAAGACAGCACUACACCAACCCUCCCUCCCCGAGUGGGCCCCAGGACACCGCCCCAGAGGGGAAGUGUGCCUUUCCUGCACACCUCGCUUCACCCCUGCCUUUGAGACUCCCUCAUCAGACCUUCCUUAUCUCUUUUAUCUCAGCUGGCAACCGUGUGGCUCCUUUUGAGAGAUUGAGCAACACCCUUUAUUACCGUUUGAAGGUCUUUAUCCUUCUUCCAAAUUCUGCUGUGCCGGGGAGGGGCAGGAAGAGGGUGUAAAUCCUUUAAGUGUGUCCAUGAACCAGAAUCAACCAAGUCAGGGUUACAGGCAGGCAGCAGCCCAAGGAUAUGUGUCUCAGUCCACUACAUGGAAGCAACCUUCUGCUUGUCUGGUUUUAACCACAACGUGUGCCACUUUUAUAGUGGAAGAACACAUUUUCCUCAUUUCUUUUCCCUCACCACCCUGUCAGUAAGCUGUAAGCGUGCUGGAGCAGCUCCCAGGAUUCAGCACUGUCAGGUUCUGUGAACAAACGCCCACCCUCGGGGAGCCCCGGUCCCAUGUGAGGCAGCUGCGGGUGCAGACAGCGCACUGUGAUAACCCCGAGAAACCACCCAGGACUGGGCAACACUGUGCCGGGUAGAAAAAAAAAAGGACAGAGAAAGUAAAAUCAAACAGUGCUUUCUAAAAUUUAGAAAGGAGGUAGCACAGAGCUCACCGGGGCCUAGCCAUUUUUGUCAUACAUCAGCAAUCUUUUACAAACUUCUAAACAAUUAACAAAAGUAAAGGAAGAAACUAUAAAUUAAUGUUACCACUCAGAGACAACUAUUACUGGGUAUUCCCCCCCCCCCCAGAUUUUUCUAUUUAUUUUAUUUACUUACACAGUGAAGGUCAAAUACAUAAUAUUUUGUUUCCUAAGGGUUUUUUUUUCUUUUUCUUUUUUUGACCUAACCAGCAUUUUCCACUUUCCACAAGUCUUCAUACACAUUAUUUUAAUAGCUGCAUCAUGUUCUCUUUUACAGGUAAACUGUAUUUUAUUUAGCCAUAUUCUAUUCCUGGACAAUAUGUGGACCUAACUCCAAUAGUAACACACAGUCAUGGACUUUCCUGUAAAAAUAAUCAUUACAGAUUUCCAGUGGCCAAAAUUGCUCACUCAGCACAACUAAAGCCUUGGCCGAAAAAUUAGUGAUUUAAAUGCGAAACAGAUACUUCAUCAGCGAGGUUCUCCACCGACCCAGCAUACUUGCUUCUAACCCCGUCCCAGAAAAGUGUGCAGUUCUCUUCUAGAGAAGUGGCCCCCCUUCAUUGUCUUGUCUCUGUUGUAGGUAAUAUAUUUGACACCAGGAGAGGAAACACGGAAGACACAGAGCCAGAUUUCACUGCCUAGACUCCCCUUGUAGUGACAUUGUUCAUUAGCACAUGUAACUCUGCUGUUUGAAUUCUCUCAGAGAUCCACGUAGCGUUUCAGGUUACUGCAAAGUGUGGGUGUUCUGUGAAGCUUUCCUGUCAUAUCUGAAUAGUUUUCAUAGACUUUGUCACAUGUGAUCAUCAAGCCUCCAGUUUGGUAUGAGGUCUUUAGAAAUCGUUUUUAGAGUUGACUCAUUCAUUACCUUCUAAAAAUCCAGCGUAUGACCAUUGCGUUCAUUGUUCAUUAAAAAGCAGUUUUGUUUUUUUUUUUCAUAAGCUCAAUGUGAACAUUACAGAGAUUAGAAGCAUUUUUAUUUUAAUGUGCACUGCUUAGAUGCUGUAUAGAGGAGGAUAGCUCUUUCCAGCACUGAGGGAGCAGUUGGGAAGGCCAGCAUUAAUUAGGCCUUCAGCGGCUUAGAAGACGAAAAAGUUGUUGUGGGAGACAGGAUAGCUCUGUCCUAUUAGACAAAAUCAUUUGUGACAUCAGUUCCUCCAAAGAUAGCCAUUUGUAACUGAAUAAGUGCGAAGGAUCUACGAAUUCUUGAGAAAGAAAAACUUUUCACAAAGAUUGUGUCAACCCAGUGACAAAAUAAUUAAAAGGUGAGAAACUCAAAGUAACCGGUGACCCAUAUGAUACCUAACAACUGUUUCCACAGAUGGUUUUAAACUGUGGGGUCCAGGGUUUUGGCAUGGUGUGGCAACCAGCCACAAACGUACUUAAUAUUAUAUACUUUAUUUGGUUCCUAGUACACUCGCCCUCCACUUCCUAUGAAACCGACAUAUGAAAAUAUGAGAUUAUACUAAAGAGAUAGCUUGCCAUGUGGGUAUUGUUUUACAGAAAUAUUUACCUCCAGAUUCCUUUCUCCAAAAAGAUGGUGAACUUAAAAAUACCAUUUUACUUAGAAACAUUGCACGUAGCCCUUAUUCACUGUAGAAAGCAAAUUACCAUGAAAUCUCGGGCACUUGACCCAAAGGCCAAAAAUUGGCUGGAAAGAAAUUGGGACCGUAGAAAUGCCAAAACCAGAGGGGGAAAAUACUGUUGUGCUGACCUUUACACACCCUUCCCUGGCACUUUAACCAAGUCAUGGAGGAUUAGAGCUCAAAGUUCUUGUAGAGGCACCCUGUCCAAGGUACCUGUGCCAUCUCGCACUGAACGUCUCAGCCUGAGCUGGGAGGGGAGCUCCGGGGCAAUCCUGUGUUCCACUGAAGACCAGCUCAUCAACCGAAGACAGUAGAUAGGCAUCCCUGAAAUGUGACAAAGCCGGUUCUAGGUGUGGCUUGUGGAAUCAAUCUAACCGCUAGACUGCUACAUCUCAUAUCUGUGCAUCUUUUGUCUUAUUUCUGAAGCUACAGGGAAGGUUCAGAGAAAGUGUUCCCAUCACAUCCUAUAGUUACUAGCCUUUUACAUUUUUAGGCCAGUUAGUAAUCCCUUCCCUGAAACUGGUCCCAUUGGUCAUCAUCCGGCGGCCUGAUGAAGUCCUACAAACCAGGGCUUUUGUUGUUCUGCAACGUAUGUUUUAAAAUUUGUCUUCUGCCCCUGAGAAGGAAAUAUUUCUCAAGGGAAGGGAAAAGAUUAAUUAGUGACCUUUCAACUCUAUUACAGUAAGAUGAGUAUGUUGCUACUAAAAGGUAGAAAUAUUUACCUUACAACUGCGAGAUCUGUUAAAUAUGCAUCACAAACCUUCGAAAGCACUUCCUUCCAAGACUGGGUGACAGCUUGGAUUUUUCAAUACUUGAGGAAGGGUGGGGAUUGCUCAACUCACGAGUACGUGCAAUGCAUCCACAAAUUGGAAAUACAUAUCACAGAACUGCAACAGUGAAAUCAUAUUUUGUACAUUAUAAUUGUAUUUGUGUUUA